AUGACACAUGCCCCUCCCCCUGUCCUGGGCUCCGCCCCCGCACGCUCAAGAACCCGUCAGGCGCGCUGCGGGCGGUGCCGCGGCUGCCGCCGGGCUCAGGACUGCGGCGCAUGCGCAAACUGCCGCGACAAGCGCAAGUUCGGGGGGCCCAACACCAAGAAACAGUGCUGCGUGUACCGGAAGUGCGACAAGAUCGAGGCAAGGAAGAUGGAGCGGCUGGCACAGAAAGGCCGCUGCCUGCCCCGUGGCGCCCCCUGGGACUCGGAGGACUCCGGGGACUCCCUGGCGGACACGGGGGGGGCGGAGCCCACUGGGGGUUAA